UGUGGGUAUGAGCAUAGAGGACGGGGGUGUGCCAGGCCUGGGCCGUCCCAGGCAGGCCUGUUGGAUCCUGAUGCUACUCCUGUCCACUAUCAUGUAUGGUGCCCAUGCUCCAUUGCUGGCACUAUGCCACGUGGAUGGCCGAGUGCCCUUCAGGCCCUCCUCAGCUGUGCUGCUGACUGAGUUGACCAAGUUGUUGCUGUGUGCCUUCUCCCUGCUGGUGGGCUGGCAGUCAUGGCCUCGGGGAUCCCCUCCCUGGCGCCAGGCUGCCCCCUUUGCAGUAUCAGCCCUGCUCUAUGGCGCCAACAACAACUUGGUGAUCUAUCUUCAGCGUUACAUGGAUCCCAGCACCUACCAGGUGCUGAGCAAUCUAAAGAUUGGUAGCACAGCCAUGUUCUACUGCCUAUGCCUCCGACAUCAUCUGUCUGCACGCCAAGGUUUAGCACUGCUGCUACUGAUGGCAGCAGGGGCCUGCUAUGCAACUGGCGGCCUCCAGGACCCUAGGGAUGCCCUUCCUGGACCCCCUUCAGCAGCUGCUGCAAACCCCAUGCCCCUGCAUAUCACUCCACUGGGACUGCUGCUUCUGGUCCUGUACUGUCUCAUCUCAGGCUUGUCAUCUGUGUACACAGAGCUGCUCAUGAAGCGACAGCGACUGCCCUUGGCACUUCAGAACCUCUUCCUUUACACUUUUGGUGUGCUCUUGAACUUAGGUUUGCAUGUUAGUGCUGGCACAGGCCCAGGCCUCCUGGAAGGUUUCUCAGGAUGGGCAGCACUCGUAGUGUUGAGCCAGGCAGUGAAUGGACUACUCAUGUCAGCUGUCAUGAAGCACGGCAGCAGCAUCACACGCCUCUUCGUUGUGUCCUGCUCACUGGUGGUCAAUGCCAUGCUCUCAGCAGCCCUGCUGCGGUUACAGCUCACAGCUGCCUUCUUCCUGGCUACACUGCUCAUUGGCCUGGCUGUGCACCUCUACUAUGGCAACUGAUAGCUCCUGACCCUGCAGAUUGGGCACCACCAUCAGAUCCCCAUCCCUGACACCCCACCCCCCUCAGCAGUCCUAUAACAAGUGCCUUGGGAGAACAGCUGGGGAAGUGACAGCAACCAUGUUCCUCUCUGGAGUUGGCUGAAUGAAGGGGUACCUCUGGGAGACUUGAAGAGUAGGUUAGACAAAAACUUAACUCUUUCACAUUCUUCCAGACUGAGGAAUUAGGAGAGUGAUAAUACCUUGACCUGGAAAUGACCCCAUCCUUGAUGGAGGAGACUAUCAUCCUACAUGAAUGUACAGUAGUGUGAACUGAGGUGUGGGAAUAGUUGGAAUUCCUGUGGUCACCCCCCAGCAGACUCACCAACUUGCAACUUGGUUCUGGCUGCUGCUGCCAACUGCGGUGCAUGACUUCCUCUAAGAGAACCCCACCAUUAUUCUGGAAAGCCCAGUUGCCACAGAUUAUUUGCCCUCACCCAGGCCACUCUUCCAUGCCCCUUCUCCCCCUAGCCCCAGCAGCACCUGGAGUUAGUGUUCCUGCUCCCUCCACAAUGUUGCUCUCCACACCCAGCCCUUGUUCUGGAAACCCCAGAGAGGGCUAGGGCUUGACUCAUCUCAGGGAAUGUUGCCCCUGGGUUCUGACUUAAGCCUGCACUCUUUACUUUCCUGCUCACCCCCAGGGCCUUCUGAAAGCCCACUACCCUCCUCUGAGGCUCUUAGGAGGUUCAUCCUGACUCUGGGUCCUGCCCCUGCCUAUAGUGUCCCAACUCCCAGCAGCCUAGGGAAGCUCUACAAAGAGUGACCUGGGACCAGGUACAGAGAAACAUGUACAGUUCAAUCAGUGUCUCUAACUGUGUGAACAAUAAGGUCUUAAUAAAGUAUUCUGGGGUUCCUACACCCAAA